AUGCGUUUCGAAGAUAAGUUCGGCCUCCGACUGUCCUCCCUAGAGGAAGUGCGUCUGCUGCUGCAGCAGCGCGUGCGUCUCAAGGGGAUUGCAGCAGACAGCUCCGCCCUAGAGGAAGUGCGUCUUUUGCAGCAGCAGCGCGUGCGCCUCAAGGGGAUUGCAGCAGACGGGGCUCUCACAGGCGCGGAAGGGGCGGAGGGGAAGGGGGGAGGAGGCGCGGGGGCGCAGGGGGAGGCGGGGGAGGAAGGGGAAGGGGGCGAGGAGCUGGUUCUACAGGACACGUUCGCGCAGGAAACGGCAAUCACUGUAGAAGAUCCGAACAUGUACGUGACUGUAAAGAGAUUGGACUGGGAAGGAGGGAAGGACCUGGUGCUACAGGACACGUUCCCUCCCUGCCGAGGGGGUGCUGAGCUCAAGUACAUAGAGGAGGAACUGGCGAAGCGCCGAGGGGGAGGGGCGGGAGCAGCUGGGGGCAGCAGGGGGGAGGUGGAGGGGGAGGAUGAAGUGUUGCGGGCUGAAGACAAGCUGUACGAGAUUCCACAGCACUUGCAGGUGGAGAAGCUGGAGGGCGAGGAGGGCGGCACGGCGUGGACGACGGGCAUAGCAGAGGUGCAGCUGCCUAUCGACUACAAGCUGGGCAACAUUGAAGCCACAGAGGAGGCCAAGCGCAUGAUGCAGGAGAGAAGGCCGUGGAUGAACCGCCCGCGCCCUCCGUCCACCACGUUGCCUGCCAGCUACAGUGCAGACUUCUUUCAGCGCGGUCGUGAAUAUGCGGAGAAGCUUAAAAGGGCUAACAACAUGCCCCCCAUGUCCCCUCCUCUUGUUCCCCCCGCUGUCCCUUCCAUGCAGACAACCCCGACAUGUUCUGAGCCUCAAAAAGGGGAGGCGGAGGAGGAAGGGGAGACUACUACAUGUUCCGAGCCUCAAGAAGGGGAGGCCGUGGAGGAAGGGGGAGAAGAGGAGGCGGAGGGGGCUGCUGCCAGUGCUGCCGGUGGUGCUAGGGUGGAGAGGUGGGGUAGGCGCGGUGGUGGUAAAGUCAGACACAGCUGGCAGCAACAGGUGAUCUCAUUCUGUAGAGGUUCAGGAAGCGGGAGAGGAAGUGAGUCAUGCGCCGAUAGCAUGUCUUUGUUGCCCGCCGUGCUGGUGUUGGUGGGUGGUGCUGCUGGUGUUGGUGGGUGGUGCUGCUGGUGUUGGUGGGUGGUGCUGCUGGUGUUGGUGGGUGGUGCUGCUGGUGUUGGUGGGUGGUGCUGCUGGUGUUGGUGGGUGGUGCUGCUGGUGUUGGUGGGUGGUGCUGCUGGUGUUGGUGGGUGGUGCUGCUGGUGUUGGUGGGUGGUGCUGCUGGUGUUGGUGGGUGGUGCUGCUGGUGUUGGUGGGUGGUGCUGCUGGUGUUGGUGGGUGGUGCUGCUGGUGUUGGUGGGUGGUGCUGCUGGUGUUGGUGGGUGGUGCUGCUGGUGUUGGUGGGUGGUGCUGCUGGUGUUGGUGGGUGGUGCUGCUGGUGUUGGUGGGUGGUGCUGCUGGUGUUGGUGGGUGGUGCUGCUGGUGUUGGUGGGUGGUGCUGCUGGUGUUGGUGGGUGGGAGGGACCACUUGCUGCAUAG